AUGAGUUCGCUAGACGUCGCAAGAGUUGAGCUUGGACUCGCUGUUCUUUAUCUGAACAAGGCCGAGGCGAGGGACAAGAUAUGCAGGGCGAUACAAUAUGGAUCAAGAUUUUUGAGCAAUGGCGAGCCUGGUACUGCUCAAAAUGUCGAAAAAUCAACUAGCUUGGCGCGAAAAGUUUUUCGCUUGUUCAAGUUUAUCAAUGAUCUUCAUGCUCUCAUUAGCCCAAGUGCUCCGGGAACUCCUCUUCCUCUGAUUUUGUUGGGAAAGUCGAGAAAUGCUCUCCUCUCGACUUUCUUGUUUAUGGAUCAAAUUGUGUGGCUGGGAAGGGCCGGGAUAUACAAGAACAAGGCGCGAACAGAGAUGAUCGCAAGGAUCUCCUUUUUCGCCUGGAUGGGUUCGUCGAUCUGCGGCACCCUGGUUGAGAUUGGGGAGAUAGGAAGGCUUUCGGCAUCGAUGAACAAGUUGGAGAAGGAGCUGAAGAACACCAACAAACAUGAGAAUGAACAAUACCGAACCAAGGUUAAGAUGUCGAAGGAGAGGUCUCUAGCCCUCGUCAAAGCAGCCAUGGAUAUUGUUGUCGCAGUCGGGUUGCUUCAGCUGGCGCCCAAGAAAGUCAGUCCUCGAGUCACCGGCGCCUUCGGAUUUGCCACCUCCCUCAUCUCCUGCUACCAGUUGCUGCCAUCUCCAGCAAAGGCCAAGACUCCAUGAAAUCGGCCAAGCCUCGAUGCAAUGAGACAACAUUUAUACUUAGUAAAGCUUGCUGUAUGAAACCUAUAAUCAUCCUCUGCUUAUGCUUGUCCUGUUUAAGGUUACGAGCACAACAGUAUGCAAUUUGUGAUUGUGUAUUAUGCACAGGAUAUAUAUAGUGCCGUCGCCUUUAAAAAUCA